GCUUUAAAUCUGAGCUUCUGACAUGCAGAACUGUUCUUUAUUCUCAAGGCUGCGGACCUGUCCUAUCUCAAACAUGAGUCAGUCGAACAUAUUCAUUUUGAUGGUUGUCAUUCCUCUAAUUUUCUCACAGUCACAGUCAGCGAGAGGGAAGGACUGUGUGUGUGAGCUACACAAUUCUGAUCCUGCUUUCCCUGAGAAUAAACUCAAUAACGUUGAGUUCACUGCUACACAAUGCACUGGGAACAUCACUUCGGAAAAGAUGACCGAGAUUGACAGGCUGGUGUUGGGUCUACAACACCGUAUCCGGCAGCUUCUGGACAAUGUGUCCAUGCUGGAAAAAGAAGGCAACGGAAAUCUGUAUGCAGCCGUGUCUCUACGCAUUAUUGAAUUAGAGUUAGCUGAGAUUCAAGACCUUCUGGACAAACUCAACAGAACCACUAACAAUUACCAGCAGCUCAGUGUACAAGCUGCUGCAGAGCUUCAGGAUAUGGAGAACACGAUGACGGAGCUGGAGAAGUUUGACCACACGCAGGUGAUGGUGAAACAGCGUGAGAACCAGCAUAUUAAGAGGGACCUGGAACAUUGCAAAGCAGAACUCAAUAGUACAUCACCAGCCCCUACACUUUCCCCAGGUCACUGUGGUCUGGGCCGCAUGGUCAACGUAUCGGGACCUAAAACGUAUUCCCUCACAGUGUACGGAACGUCCUACUCUUUUGGUGCUUGGGGUCGAGAUGCACAUCCUGCUCCAGGAGACGAGAACAAGUACUGGCUGGUGGUGCUGUCCAGUAGUAAUGCAUUCGGCAACUUUAUCCGCCAGUAUAAUAGUUUGAGUACUAUUAUAUUAGGUAUAGGACCAACAGAUACACACAUAUCAAGCUCCAAUCCCACAACAAACACAAUUCAGGGGCCAAACAUGGUCAUGUACGCCAAUGCGCUCUACUAUAACUGUUUCAACACAUAUUACGUCUGUCAGUUCAACAUGACGACUCGUUCUGUCAGUACUGUGGCUCUACCUAGUGAUACAGGAUACAACAACAAGUUUCCAUUCGCACACCUCGGCACAACAUACAGUUAUACUGAUAUGGAUUUUGCCACAGAUGAAUCUGGGGUCUAUGUUAUAUAUGCGACCACAAACAACUUCGGAAAUGUGAUUAUCAGUAAAGUCGAGACUAGUAACCCGCCAGUUUUGAACAAAACAUGGUUCACUUCUCUUCACAAAAAGACUGUGACAAACACCUUCAUGGUGUGCGGUGUGCUUUAUGCUACUCGUUACGUGGAUAAAGAAAUAGAAGAGAUCUUUUACUCCUAUGACACCAAGACCAACGAAGAACGCUAUGAUUUGAGAAUUCACAUUAAGAAGUUGCAGACUAAUAUUAAGUAUAUGAAUUAUGACCCCAGAGAUCAUUUGCUGUAUGUCUACAGUGACGCCUACAUUGUGACAUAUGAAAUUGUUUUAGCAAGUUCACUGAACUUGAUUAAUGAUAUCUUGUCUUUUAUUCACCAAUAA